ACCGGAAGAGGAAGCUGGCUCCGCCCCGGCACGGCCGGGCUGGAAGACUCUGCUUCCCGUGAGCCCCCGCGCUCGCUUCCGGCGGGGCGGCGGCGGCUGGGCCGGGAUGGAGGCCGUGCCCCGCAUGCCCAUGAUCUGGCUGGAUCUCAAGGAGGCCGGGGAGUUCGCUUUCAACGCUGCUGUUAAGAAGUUUGUCCUGAAGAACUAUGGGGAGAACCCAGAGAACUACAACGAGGAGCUGCGGAAGCUGGAGGUGCUGCGGCAGAGCGCCGUGAACGUGCCCAGGGACUUCGAGGGCUGCAGCACACUGAGGAAAUACUUUGGCCAGCUCCACUACCUGCAAAGCAGGAUCCCCAUGGGCGCCGAGCAGGAGGCUGCAGUCCCCAUUGCAUGGACAGAGAUCUUUUCAGGCAAGACGGUGACUCAUGAGGACAUCAAGUAUGAGCAGGCUUGCAUCCUGUACAACCUGGGUGCGCUGCACUCCAUGCUGGGCGCCAUGGACAAGAGAGUGUCUGAGGAGGGCAUGAAGGUUUCGUGCACCCAUUUCCAGUGUGCUGCCGGUGCCUUUACCUACCUGCGGGACCACUUCCCCCACUCCUACAGCGUGGACAUGAGCCACCAGAUCCUCAACCUCAACAUCAACCUCAUGCUGGGCCAGGCACAGGAAUGUCUGCUGGAGAAGUCCAUGCUGGACAACAGGAAGAGCUUCCUUGUGGCCCGGAUCAGCGCUCAGGUGGUGGAUUACUACAAAGAGGCCUGCCGGGCCUUGGAGAACUCAGAGACAGCCUCACUGCUGGGAAAGAUCCAGAAGGACUGGAAGAAGCUGGUUCAAAUGAAGAUCUACUAUUUUGCUGCCGUGGCCCAUCUGCACAUGGGAAAACAGGCCGAAGAGCAGCAGAAGUUUGGGGAAAGGGUCAUCUACUUCCAGAGUGCACUGGAUAAACUCAAUGAAGCUAUCAAGCUGGCAAAGGGACAGCCAGAAACUGUCCAGGAAGCCCUGAGAUUCACUAUGGAUGUGAUCGGUGGCAAGUACAACUCAGCCAAAAAAGACAAUGAUUUCAUCUACCAUGAAGCUGUGCCUGCCUUGGACACCCUGCAGUCUGUGAAAGGUGCUCCACUGGUGAAAGCCCUCCCUGUCAACCCCACAGACCCUGCUGUCACUGGCCCUGAUAUCUUUGCCAAGCUGGUGCCCAUGGCUGCCCACGAGGCUUCUUCACUGUACAGUGAGGAGAAGGCCAAACUGCUGAGAGACGUAAUGGCAAAGAUUGAAGCCAAGAAUGAAGUGCUGGACCAGUUCAUGGACUCCAUGCAGCUGGACCCUGAGACAGUGGACAACCAGGACAUGUACAGCCACAUCCCCCCCAUCCUGAUGGAGAAGUGCGCCGCGCUCAGCGUGCGCCCCGACACCGUCAAGAACCUCGUCCAGUCCAUGCAGGUGCUCUCUGGGGUGUUCACUGAUGUGGAGGCCUCGCUGAAGGAGAUCCGAGACCUGCUUGAGGAGGACGAGGCUCAGGAACGCAAGCUGCAGGAGCUGCUGGGGAAGGCUCAGUGCCACAGGGCUCCCCGCCACCACCAUCCUCCACAGGGGUUGGCCGAGGUCAGCAAGGAGUGUUCCAAGUACAUGGAGCUGAACGAGAAGGCCAGCUUCACCAACACAGAGCUGCACAAAGCCAUGAACCUGCACAUUGGCAACCUGCGGCUGCUCAGCGGGCCGCUGGAACAGGUCCGGGCUGCGCUGCCCUCACCCACACUGAGCGAAGAUGACAAACAGGUGCUGCAGAACCUGAAGAGAAUCCUGGGCAAGGUGCAGGAGAUGAGGGACCAGCGGAUGUCCCUGGAGCAGCAGCUGCGUGAGAUGAUUCAGAAGGACGAUAUCACCACCUCACUGGUCACCACUGAUCGCUCUGAGAUGAAGCAGCCUGGCAGGCCGCCCGUGCCGUUUGCUCCAGCAGCUUGGCAGCUUUCCCCUCCAGGUCGUGUAGAAGUCCUUCACGAGGACCUGAUGAAGAAAUCUCAGGAGGGGAAGGACUUCUACACCGACCUGGAGGGGAAAGCUGCCAAGCUGCUGGAGAAGGCACGGGCGGCCUGCCAGGCUGCUGAAGCCAACAGGCAGCAGAUCUUGGAGAAGGAAAUGAAGAAGCACCCACCCCCUCGUCCCACAGCCCCCAAACCCUCCCUGCAGAAGAAGCCAUUGGAGCUGGAAGCCGAGGGGCCAGAGGUGGGCGACCUCCCCCCACUGGCCUCCCUGGCCUUGGCCGACCUGCCCGAGGACCUGCGCAGCCUCCCCCCCGACGUCCUGGCCGCGCAUCUCGCCCGCCUGCCGCCCUCCACGCUGGCCGCGCUCGCCCUCGAUCCCGCCCUGCCUGCGGGGCUGCGGCCCCCCGGCCCCGACCUCUUCGCCCCCAGGCUGGCGAGCGCACCGCUGCAGCCCGGCCAGCCCUUCGCCCGGCCGCGCUUCCCCGCCCUCCCCGGGCAUUACGGGCUGCCGCCGGCGCCCGCUGCCGGCCCGGCUCCCUUUCCCCACGUCUCCGGAGCUCCGGUAGUGCCGGCGCAGCUCCUGCAGCCCUCCGCCCCCCAGGUGAGCGGGCCGCCCCCCAGCUCGGCCCCUUCCUCUGCCCCUCAGCUUUUCCCCGCCGCUUCCCUGCUGCGGGGUGCGGUGCAGCCCGGGCCGCCGUUGGCGCAGCCCGGUUACGCGGUGCCCCGCCUGCUUCCCCCCGCGCUCCUCCCCGCAGCACGGCCCCCGCUGCGGCUCCCGCUGCUUCCUACGGCCUUGGCCAACCGGGGCUGCCCCCGCCCGGCCCCGUCAGACCCCCGGCCCUGUGCGGCCCCUCCGCGGCUCCCGGGGCCGGCGGUGCCCGCCGGGGGGGCCUUCGUGGCCCCGCAGCGCCCGGGCGGCCCCGCCGCCUCCUUUCCCCCCUAUGCCCAGGCGGGGCUGCAGCCGCCCUUCGGCCACUCGGCUCCGUUCCCUCCGGCGCAGCCCCCCGCCGCCUUCCCUCCCCCCGCGGACCUCCCGGGCAGCUGCCUCCCGGGCAGCCCCCGCUGCGGCCCCAGCUCUACCAGCUGCCCCCCGGGCAGGACAAACUGCCGCCCCCCCGGGCUCCCCCCUCACGGCGGGUCCCUCCCGUUCGGCACGGCGGUGCCCGGACCCCCCGGUCAGAGCGGCCCUAUGGCGCAGCCCAUGCACGGCGCUCUGCAGCCCGUGCCCGGCGGUUCUCCGGCUCUACCCUUCUGUCCCAGCCCCGCUCCGUGCCACCCCGCCGCCCCCAUGAGGCCCCCGCAGCCCUCCCCCGCCCCAUCUCCAGGCCCCGUCCUCAGCCAGGUUCAAGGCCCCGUGGUGGUGCCGUGCCCUCUCGUCCCUUCCCCGGCCCCAUCCCCGCAGCCACCCGUGCAGCCCCAGCCGUUGGUGCCCGGCGCGGUGCCUCACAGACCCCCGCCGUCGCUGACCCCCGCGCCGGGCACAGCCGAGACCGCCUUCCAGCGCCAGAGCUCCUCCACCGACGACCUCCUGUCCUCCAGUCCCGAGAGCCAACACGGCGGCUCCAAGGCGGCCGUGGGGCAACCCCUAUUGCAGCCCACCAAGGCGGACGCCAAGGAGGGUCAGAAGCCCAAAGCGGUGCAGCUGAUCGAGAACGAUCCCUACGAGAAACCCGAGCGCGUUUUGCGGCUGCGGGCUGAGCUGGAGCGCUUCCGAGCGCUGCUGCAGCGCCUGGAGCAGACGGAGCCCGGCGGCGCCGCGGAGCUGGACGCGCUCUGGAAGGAGCUGCAGGACGCCCAGGAGCGCGACGCCCGACAGCUCUCCAUCGCCAUCGCCCGCUGCUAUUCCAUGAAGAACCGACACCAGGACAUCAUGCCCUACGACAGGAACCGCGUGGUGCUCCGCUCGGGCAAAGACGACUACAUCAACGCCAGCAGGGUGGAGGAUCUGUCCCCGUACUGCCCGACCAUCAUCGCCACGCAGGCGCCGCUGCUCGGCACCGCCGCCGACUUUUGGCUCAUGAUCUACGAGCAGAAAGUGUCCGUGGUUGUCAUGCUGGUGUCGGAGCAGGAGCUGGAGAAGCAAAAAGUGCUGCGGUAUUUCCCGACGGAGCGGGGCCAGCCGGUGGUGCAGGGUCCCAUCACUCUCGUCCUCAGCAGCGUGAAGGCGGCCCCGACCCACGUGGAGCGGAUGAUAACGCUGCAGUAUCGCGAUCAGAGCCUGAAGCGCACCGUCAUCCAUCUGCAGUUCACCUCCUGGCCGGAGCUGGGUCUGCCCGACAGCAAGGCGAGCCUGCUGCGCUUCAUCCAGGACGUGCACGGCCACUACCUGCACCAGCGCCCGCUGCACACCCCCAUCGUCGUGCACUGCAGUUCCGGCGUGGGCCGCACCGGUGCGUUCUGCCUGCUGUACGCGGCCGUGCAGGAGGUGGAGGCGGGGAACGGCAUCCCUGAGCUGGCGCAGCUGGUGAGACGCAUGCGGCAGCAGCGCAAGCACAUGCUGCAGGAAAAGCUGCACCUCAAGUUCUGCUAUGAGGCUGUCCUGCAGCACGCCGAGCAGCUGCUGCACCGCCACGGGGUGGGCGCUCCGGCCGUCCCCAAAGCCAACAGCGCGUGCCCAAAGCUCUACUUCCAGCAGGACCCGCAGGAUCUGGUGCUGGGUGGCGAUGUGCCCAUCAGCUCCAUCCAGGCCACCAUCGCCAAGCUGAGCAUCAAACCGCCGGGCGGGGGGGAAGGAGGGGGGUGCUGGGGGCCGGAAAUCGCCCCUGUGCCCAAUGCUGCUGCUGUGGAGGCUGUGCCUGUGCCCGUGCUGCCUGAUGCUGUGACGGACGGAGGGACAGGGACGGACGGAGGGACGGCGGUGGAUGGUGUCUGCACCCCCAACCCUGAGCUGGUGCCAGAGCCGCCGGGUGACACUGAGAGCAGCAACCACGUGGAGGAGAUCCCCCUGCCAGCCCCCCCUGCCCCCCCGGCGCCCACCUCCUCCUUGGAGCUCCUCGCCUCGCUCACUCCUGAGGCUUUCACGUUGGACGCGUCGCUGAAGGGCAAACAGCGCAUGAACAAACAGAACUUCCUGCAGGCACAGACAGGAGAAGGGCUGCGGGCACCCCGGCCCAGCGAUGACCCGCUCAGCAUGCUCGACCCCCUCUGGACACUCAACAAGAGCUGAGGGGUGGCUCAGCCCACCCUCCCCCAGCAGCACUACAGCCCCCAGCUCUAUGGGGCCCGGUGGGGCACGGCCUCCCCCCACCCUCUGCUUUGUGCAGUGUCACACGGGCGCUCAGCGCAGCCUUUCACUCUGAGCAGAACUGACUUUUUCAGCUCUUUGCUACUAAAAUAAAAGAGAGUUUGAUCUGGCA